AUGGGCAAGCCAAAAUAUGACCCACCAACCAACACGUUUCCAUACAAGAUACCAAAAAGAUUAAAUAUGCUAAGUGUUCCUAGAAAAUGCAUCGUAGAUACUGGUGAAGGUAUGCCGGCAUUGACAGCAAGAGGGAUACGCAAGUCGGCGUUGAAAAGCCAUUUAUCUGAUAGAGUGAACGAUGUUGCGUGGCCUUAUUUACGUCGGCUCCUAAUAAUAAAACGGAUGUAUAAGAAUCGAUUCAGCACUGACCGAAUAGAACGUAUCGAUCGAAUGAUCGAAGCCGCUAACGCCACCUGUUAUUCAAAACUAGCCAAUUGUGUGCUCGAUCUGAAAAAACAAGAUACAAAGGAAGUGAAGAAAAAACGAGGCUGGACAGAGAGCGAGUGGAAGAAACAUAUGGACUAUAUCAGUCAGAUAGCUGGACCAAAGAAGGAUUUCAGAUCGCCUCCUCUUAGAAGAGGACAAGGCAAAGCCUUGGAACAUUUGUUACCAAGAAUCAACCAAAUAUGCCAAAUGCCCGAGUUUAAAGUGUAUAGAAGACUAUCGAAAGAAGCGUGGUACAGAGAUCCCGUUAAGGUGCCAUCCAACGCUCUAAAGUAUGUUAUAUCGGACAGAAUUAAAAAGCUAGCUGCUCACAGAGUUAUACCGCAGGCCUUC